CAUAAACCUUUAGAUUAUGGGAUGCUCACAAGGAAAAUUCAGGCCAAUAUGCUGAGGCAAGCAAGAUGUCAAAGAGAAAGUAAUAAUCAGACCCAACAAGAACUCCAAGCAGCCGAAUGUGCUGGUCAUGCUAGUCUGCCUUGAUAAAAUUCUUGACUACCUGCCUCUGGAGGACCUCUCCAGGAUGACAGCCGUGAAUAAGUUCUUUUGCUAUACAGCAACUCUAGAAAGGCUGUACGAAAAGUUCGAUAUUGAUGAAACUGAAUCUUUCAUUGAGUCCUCCCUUGGAGACUUGACAGAGAAUUACUCAAGCUCUUCAAGACUCGGUAAAUAUUCGAGUAAGAGAAGGCUGAAAAUGACGAAAACAGAUGGAGCAGCUAGUUCGAAUUCAAAAGAGAAAGAUGAUUUACUUAGUAAAAGCAACCUGAGCAAUAUCACUCUUGAACUAUUGAAACGAGUUAAAUCAAAUAAGAAAAGUAUUCAAAAUUUCAGGACAAAUUACUCAAAACCUAACAGAAUAGCGAAAAAUACGAGUAGUGGGAAUAGCAUAACUAAUUUCAAUCCGCAAAUGCUGGACUCAUCAAUUGCAAGAUCGAGGGCGAUCAUGACGUACAAGAGGGAAUCAUCAUGAUUCACUAGUAUGCGGAUGAAGUUCAACAGUAGAAUUAUGCUCCAGACCAACGAGGAAAACCUCUUUUCUAAACACUCAAUCGCUUUUGACGAUAGUUGAAAAGUAUUCGAAGGGAACCCUAGCUUCGACUCUAAGGAGAUCCCUCACGAGACGAUCUCCGAGAUGAGGCCUCCCAGUGGGUUUGGAGACCACUUCACUAACUCAGAAGUUACUGAGAAAGUAGUAAAAUUUGCUGACUGGAUCAAGCCUCUUCGAGCCUCACCUAAUUUGUCGUAGGGCCUCAUAUUAUUCUUAUAUAAAUUGCUCCAUCUUUUA